AAAAACGAUGAUCUAAUGCAUGAUCUAUUGGACAGCAAUACAUGCGUAAAUAAUCGAAUGGAUUUAGGUGCGGCUCUGUUUACUAUUGAGUAGCUCAAAUUAUGCGCAUCCUCUGAUACUGUAUGCGAGCCAAGAAUUCAGCAAUGUCAUAUAAACAACACAUCGAUACCAGUUAGGUUACCAUUAUAUUUUGAUUACAGCAGGGAAUGCGUCAAUAUAAUUAGACUAGAUUCUGUUACGCAAUCAAUCUGUCUAAUUUGAAAGUCAAUGAUUCACCUGCUCCUUGUCUAUCAUGAUGAAAAUCAGAUAUUUGCACAUAGCCUACUGGAAUGAUAGCUCGGCCAUGUAUCAUAACUUGUUUUACUUUUAACAACUUGAUAUUUUACAAAAAAUGGUUGAAACAACAGCAACCACGUUUGCGUUCAUUGAUCAGGCUCAAUACACAAUUGAUAUACAUGAUGACAAUGACAGGUUAUCAGUGAGUGACAUUGACCUCUGUUAAGUGUCAGUGUGGCCGAUCUGUAUAAAAUAGGGCAAUAAUACAAUCAUUUCCCCACACAUUGAUUCCAUAUUGGGAGGUUUAAAGAUUAUUUUGCAGUCUAAUAAAAAGAGAAAUGCCCAGCAAUUCAUAACUGCAAAUCCACAUAUUAUAGCUCUUAUUGCCAUCAGAAACAUGAACAAGCUGGGAGGUGUGUAGUCCCCCGAGCAUACAGGGCCUCCCGAGUGGCACAGCGGUCUAAGGUACUGCAUCGCAGUGCAAGAGCCGUCACUACAGACCCGCGUUCGAUCCCUGGCUGGAUUACAACCAGCCGUGAUCGGGUGUCCCAAAAGGCGGCGCACAACUGGCCCAGCGUUUGGCCGGGGGGGCUUUAUAAGUAGGUCAUCAUUGUAAAUAAGAAUUUGUUCUUAACUGACUUGCCUAGUUAAAUAAGAAAAUAUAAUAAUAAUUCCAGGGAGGUGUUAGUGAAACACAGGGAUGUGUUGCACUGCUAUAAAGCUGUUAUUGACAGACAGCCAGGGAGUGAUGCUCACAUUCCUUCUCACAGGAAACGCAUAUCAGCUCUCAGAGAGCCCCCUCAACACUCCUUAUCACUCAAUAGAAAGACCCAAUACAUGGAUGGUGCAUCAGGAUUAGGGGUCAUAAUGUAAAGAAAAGUAGCCUAAACACAUUCAGAUACAUACAGUGCCUUCAGAAAGUAUAUACACUCCUUUACUUUUUCCUAAUUGUUUUGUGUUACAGCCUGAAUUGAAAAUGUAUUACAUUUAGAUUUUUUUGGUCAGUAGCCUACACACAAUACCCUAUAAUGUCAAAGUAGAAUUAUGGUUUUAAGUUGUUUUUUUUACAAACUAAUAAAAAAUGGAAAGCAGAAAUGUAUUGAGUCAAUAAGUAUUCAACCCUUUUGUUAUGGCAAACCUAAAUAAGUUUAGGAGAAAAAAUGUGUUUAACAAGUCACAUAAUAAGUUGCAUGAUUUCUUAAUGACUACCUCGUCUCUGUACCCCCACACAUACAAUUAUCUGUAAGGUCCUUCAGUCGAGCAGUGCAUUUCAAACACAGAUUCAACCACAAAGACCAGGGAGGUUUUCCAAUGCCUCGCAAAGAAGGGGACCUAUUGGUAGAUGGGUAAAAAAACUAAACAGACAUUAAAUAUCCCUUUGAGCAUGGUGAAGUUAUUAAUUACACUUUGAAUAGUGUAUCAAUACUCCUAGUCACUACAAAAAUACAGGUGUCCUUCCUAACUCAGUUGCUGGAGAGGAAGGAAAUUGCUCAGGGAUUUCACCAUGGAGUCAAUGGUGACAUUAAAAAACAGUUACAGAGUUUAUGGCUAUAAUAAGAGAAAACUGAGGAUGGAUCAACAACAUUGAUUCAGGACAUGAAGUUAAUUGCAUUCCCAAAUGUUUUGCAGUAUUACUUUAGUGCCUUGUUGCAAACAGGAUGCAUGUUCUUGAAUAUUAUUAUUCUGUAAAGGCUUCCUUCUUUUCACUUUAAUUUAGGUUAGUAUUGUGGAGUAACUACAAAUUGUUAUGCUUGGGGCAAGUCCAAUACAACACAUUACUGAGGACCACUGUCCAUAUUUCUAGCAUAGUGUUGGCUGCAUCAUGUUAUGGGUAUGCUUGUAAUGUUAAGGACUGGGGUUACAAAAGAAAUAGAACAGAGCUAAGCACAGAAAAUUCUAGAGGAAAACCUGGUUCAGUCUGCUUUCCACCAGACACUGGGAGAUUAAUUCACCUUCAGCAGGACAAUAACCUAAAACAUAAGGCCAAAUCUAUACUGGAGUUGCUUACCAAGAAGACAGUGAAUGUUCUUAAGUGGCCAAGUUACAGUUUUGACUGAAAUCUACUUGAAAGUCUCUGGCAAGACCUGAAAAUGGUUGUCUAGCAAUGAUCAACAACCCAUUUGACAGAGCUUGAAGAAUUUUUAAAAGAAUAAAGGGAAAAUAUUGCCCAAUCCAGUUGUGGAAAGCUCUUACCCAGAAAGCCUCACUGCUGUAAUUACUGCUAAAGGUGCUUCUACAAAGUAUUGACUUAGGGGUGUCAAUACUUAUGUUAAUUAGAUAUUUCUGUAUUUCAUUUUCAAUACAUUUGCAAAAAAUUCUAAAAACAUGUUUUCACUUUGUCAUUGUGGGGUCUUGUGUGUAGAUGGGUGAGAGAAAACAAUCAAUUUAAUCAAUUUUGAAUUCAGACAGUAACACAACAAAAUAUGGAAUAAGUCAAGCGGUAGGAAUUCUUUCUGAAAGCACUGUUUCACUGUGUACAUGGAUUCACUAUGCCUGAUUUUGAACAGAGGACCACAAGAGUACCUUCAGUGAGGAGAGUGCUCGAAUGAUUUAAAUUAUGCAUAUCUUCUCUGAUUUUUUUAUAUGCUAAUAUCAUUAAUUCAAUACGGAUACAUCUGUACCCCAAGGCAGAUUCCAAGGAAGAGUAUUGAACACAUUUUUCUCCUGUAGGCCAUAUAAUGAGUUAUGGACUUAAAAUGGGUUACUGUGAACUUGACAGUAGCUUACAGGUAGCUCGGGGGCAAGUAAAGUUCUGUAUUUCAUAUUACAGUAUUAUUUAUACUGUAAUAUAAAUACGGUAUCAAAGCAAGUACUGUAAUGGCACACAGUACAGUACCGUAAAAUGUACUGUAAAAAAGUAAAUGCUACCGUAAUCGGAAAAUAAUGAAGGAAUGAAUGAAUGGAUGAAUGAAAUUAAUAUAGAGAGCGGUUUGUAUUUCACAGUAUUAUACAGUAAUUACAAGGAUUGGUGCAAACAGGUUGACUGCUAGGUGAAGUGUUUACACAUUACAGUAUAUUCAUAAAUAUUUUGUAUUUUAUAUCACUUGCACUUCUAGAGGCCUUAACAAAGGCUUCCAAACUGGCAGCGACUACAGGGCCAAACAGACCAAAAGGACAUGGCAAAAUGCUCAACCAUUUAAGGUUUUAGACUUGCUGCCACUCCAAUCUGUCCCAUAUGCAAAUUGAUGGGGCAAAUUAGUACAGCCUUCUCAUUCACGGGUGCAACCAAUAUAGCCUAUGACAAGGCAUGCCUAAAAAUACACUACAUGGCCAAAAGUAUGUGGACAAAGGGGGAACAAUAAUAAUUUGAUGAAUCCAUUUAACUGAUGCGAAUUCAGAAUUUGGAUAUUAGUGAUGUUGAUACUGUAUUCAUCUCUCAGUGUUCAUAUGAGAGCCUAUUGUUACUACAUAAUGAGAAGGUAUUCAUCUACAGUUAUAUGCACCGCAGCAGGUUGGGGAGGAGGGGCUCAUGGAAUGGUAUCAAACACAUGGUUACCAUGUGUCUGAUGCCAUUACAUUCACUCCGUUCCAGCCAUUAUAAUGAGCCGUCCUCCCCUCAUCAGCCUCCACUGAUAUAUACGCUACAUGACCAAGAGUAUGUGGACACCUGCUCGUCGAACAUCUCAUCCCAAAAUCAUGGGCAUUAAUAUGGAGUUGGUCCCCCUUUUCUGCUAGAACAGCCUCCACUCUUCUGGGAAGGCUGGAAGAUUGCUGUGGGGACUUGCUUCCAUUCAGCCACAACAGCAUUAGUGAGGUCGGGCAUUGAUGUUGGGUGAUUAGGCCUGGCUCGGAGUCAGCGUUCCAAUUCAUCCCAAAGGUGUCCGAUGGGUUGAGGUCAGGGCUCUGUGCAGGCCAGCCAGUCAAGUUCUUCCACACCGAUCUCGACAAACUAUUUCUGUAUGGACGUCGCUUUGUGCAUGGGGGCAUUGUCACGCUUAAACAAGAAAGGGCCUUCCCAAACUUCCACAAAGUUGGAAGCACAGAAUCGUCUAGAAUGUCAUUGUAUGCUGUAGGGGCCUAGCCCGAAUCAUGAAAAACAGCCCCAGACCAUUAUUCCUCCUCCACCAAACUUUACAGUUGGCACUAUGCAUUCAGCCAGGUAGCAUUCACCUGGCAUCCGCCAAACCCACACUGCCAAGUGGUGAAGCGUGGUGGUGAUUCAUCACUUAAGAGAAUGCGUUUUCACUGCUCCAAAGUCCAAGCUUUACCCCACUCCAGUUGGCAUUGCACAUGGUGAUCUUAGGUGUGCGGCUGCUCGGCCAUUGAAACCCAUUUUAUGAAGCUCCCUACGGACAGUUAUUGUGCUGACAUUGCUUCCAGAGACAGUGUGUAACUCGGUAGUGAGUGUUGCAACCGAGGACAGAUGACUUUCAUGCGCUGCGCGCUUCAGCAUCAGCUGUCCCGUUCUGUGAGCUUGUGUGGCCUAUCACUUCGUGGCUGUGCCAUUGUUGCUCCAGACAUUUCCAACUCACAAAAACAGCACUUACAGUUGAGCUCUAGCAGAGCAGAAAUUUGACGAACUGACUCGUUGGAAAUGUGGCAUCCUAUGACGGUGCCACGUUGAAAGUAACUGAGCUCUUCAUUAUGGCCAUUCUACUGUCAAUGUUUGUCUAUGGAGAUUGCAUGGCUGCAUGCUCGAUUUUGUACACCUCACAGCAACUGGUGUGGCUGAAAAAGCCAAAUCCACUAAUUUGAAGGGGUGUUCACAUACUUUUGUAUAUAUAGUGUAUGUUAACAAGCCAGAAACAACAAUACCAUGCACCCACUAGUGGUCAAAAGGUUUUUGGUGCUCUAAGGAUAUGGUACUGUAUUCUGUGGGGUGGAAUUACAGUACCAUUAGAAAUACAGCAGUUCUUUCCCCGCCCACAACAUUUUCCCACAAUGCACCAUAAUUUACAGUAUGCUGCAGUAAAACGUUUCAGAGUAUUGAUAAUACCCAAAAUUACCUUAUAAUUUACAGUUUUCCAUUACAGUGUACAGUACAGGAAGUGGUUGAGGAGUUUGGCCAGAGAAGUCAUGAAUAUUUACAGUCGCUAUGUAGAUAAUUGUCUGAUCAGGGAAGUGACAUUGGAGUGGUUUUUCACUUGGAUCCCAUCACCUCAGUGUUAAUGGAUGUUACAUAGGUGUGCUUUCAGGGGAGACAUCACCAGUGAAGUUUCUAUUAUUGUGACAUCUCUAGAGAUGUCAUGCUUUCAGGUUGCCUUUUAUACAGCACCAACCUCACUUAGCAGGGCAGGAGAGCUGUCCCUCACAGAGAGGUAUAGUGCUAACACCUUUCUGGUUUAAAAGCAAAAUGGGGAGUUUGAAAGGGGAGGAGGGGGGUUUAAAAAGCAGGAGAGCUGAGUGAACAAGAGGCGGGGUCCACUAGGUUUGACUAAUUGUGUUUUAAAGUGGGUCUUUGAGCACACAAUGGGGAAUGGGAUGGUUUUUAGCUCCCCUGUGAAGCACCAGAGGAUGAGAAAGUUGUCAGAUUUGUAGGUCAGGCUGCAGAGGUUGGUGUUAGGGACUCAGAGCAGCAGAAAUGAUGGUGUUUUGAUUGUGAUUUCACAUAGUGAUUGUGUCUUACUACUCUUUGCCACAAUUCUGUCUACAUUACAGCAACGGGAGGAGUCAUAUCUCCCUUCUAAUAGUGUCACUUUUUGCUGAUGCAUUUUAAGACAGUUACAACAUGAUCCUCCUCUCUAGUACUGUAUAUGGAUUGUCUUUCCAGCCAUGAAGUUAGUUUUGUUACCUUGCAGUGUGCCAUUCCUUCUCUUCUGCAAUAUGGUGACAAAGAUCUUAAUUGAUUUCAUCAUUUUAGAGAGAAUAGCAGGAGUGUUUCCUACUCUCAUCUGGUGCUCAUCAGAGCCUGACCCGGUUAUGGUGUGCUACGUGAGCAUGUGUGGCUCCAGAGGGACCUGUCCCUUCCUUGUGCUGAUACAGGGAUGUAGAAGGAGGUCACCAGCAGCCCACCACAACCCAGCCCACCACAGCCCAGCUCACUACAGCCCAUCCCAUCCCAUCCCAUCCCAGCCUGCUCCACUCCUGUUUGCAGUGCUUACAAUUCCCUCCAACAUUGUAGGUCAUUCGGCCUCUCCUUCCAUUUUGGGAAGGGCUUCCGGGGAUAUUUCGCCCUAGAAAAAAAAUAAUUAUCGUAUCUUCCUAAUUCCCAAUUAUUAUGCACAGGCUUAUUUAAGAAAAAGGAUUAUAUGUUUUGUGUGUUAGAGGAUGGAUUUGAAUUUGACACUCCUCUACUUCUGUUCUGUGAGGAGUCCUACACACAGAUGAACCAGGCGAGGAGAGGAGAGGAGAGCUCGGCACGCAGGCUGUCAUGUAAGCCGUAUUCUCUGGGGCCACCUCUUGGUGCACGUUGCUUCCUGCCGCAGCGAGAGCAGCUCUGCUGGGUACCAGCUCCACCAUUCACCAGAGGACACAUUACCCCAGUGCUGACAUGGAGAAGCGUUGCUCAGAGUGCCCAGAGCCCAGGCUAGCCCAGAGCCUGUGUACAUUCUGCAACAAGUGGCUGUGCUACCAGUGUACAGACAUGCACCAGCACCAGAGAGCCACCCCUCAGUGCUCAGACCUGCACCAACACCAGAGGCCCACCACCCAAUGUGUCGACCUGCACCAGAGGGACCAGAUGGCCCCCAGCUCUCUGCCUCCACCCGAACCAGGCCCUGGCUCGUGUGGCCGCCCCCUCCUCAUGUGCCACUCUCACAGACAGGAGCCCUUGGAGCUCUUCUGUGAGUCCUGUGACCUCAUGUGCUGCAGCAGCUGUCACCUGUCCGCCCACAAGAACCACAGGUUGGUGCACAUUGGAAAGGCCCUGCAGGACCAACAGUGGCAGUUUGAGAGCCUGAUGGCUCAGGUGGAGGAGAGGAGGUCUGCAGUGGAGAGUACAGCCAAACAGAUAGAAGACAGGCUGCAUGGUGUAAAGAUCACGCAGAGGAAGGCUGAGAACCAGAUUAAAAUGGCAAAGAUGAUUAUGAUGAAUGAGCUGAACAAACGGGCCAACCUAUUAAUAGAGCAACUGGAGAAGAUCUCGGAGGACUUCCAGCGGCGUCUGGAGGACCAGCUGCAGGGGGAGAUAGAGAUGUGCAGCCAGCUGGACCACGUGCAGAACUUCAUCAGCUGGGCAACGGCCCACCACCUCAAGAACCCAUUACUCUUCAGCAGGGAGCUGAUUUCUCUCCAGAUGCAGCGCCUGCUUGAACCCCCACUACACUCAGACGCCUGGCUCCCUGUGAAGAUCAAGUUCAACUGGGAUGCAAGCUACUGGACUAAGCAGAUCUCAACUUUGGGUCAGCUCACUGUCGAGGGGGGAAAUCGCUCCUACUCUGAGGGCGUGGCCUUCCCCAGCAUCCUGAGGCCCCAGCCUAUCACCUGCUUGUCCCUGCCAUCUGUGUGCCAUGGAGAGCGGGAGCAGGGCUGUGCCUUCCCAGCCUGCUGUCAGCCCCAGAUGUGCUGCCUCCACUGCAUACCCCCACAGCCAGCUGUGCAGCUGGACAAGACCCAGCGGGAACCCAACCCCUACUCCGCCAGGUGUGCCCAGUCCACCCUCAGCUCUCCCUCCCUGGCCCUGCACCAGAGUCAGCUGCUGAGGUGCUGGGGCCCUGACAGUCCUCCAGGUCCACCAGCUGUGGCGCCCUCCUCCAUGCAGCGUCCCCAACAGCAAGAGCAUCUCCCGGCUGCUGACCCAGGCCUGCUCAGCUCCAGCUCCAACAGUAGAGGUCUUGGACUUCAGCCCCCAGCCACAGCCCUCUACCAGCCUCAGAUUCAGCCGCUUCCCGAAACUCAUGCACAGCCAGCCACAGAUGGGGCCAGGGAAGGCCAGGGCCAGCAGGCCAGCAGAGAGAGAGAGCAGACUCCUGGGCAGCCAGUUGUGAACAGAGAGGUGUUGACAGAGCAGAUCCAGGAGGGGAGCAGGGAGAAGACACAUGUACUGACAGGGGUGGACAUAGAGGUGCUGACAGACGGGAUCCAGCAGGAGCAGCAACAGCAGCAACAGCAGCAGCUCCUGUCUCCCCUAGUGGCCACACUGACAGUGGAGCAGCAGGAGGAAGAGCAGCAGGAGGAAGAGCAGCAGGAGGAAGAGCAGCAGGAGGCCAGGACUACACAGCCAACCAGAGACUGCAGAGAUGGCAGGAGAUCCACUUCACUGGAGAUGUCUGUGACGACCCAUGGGUUCAGUGUUGAUGCUCAGAGCAGCAGGCCCAGCUCACUGUGUGGGAGGAAGAGUCGAUCCCAGAGCAUCCCACCAGAACUGGCAGGCCCCUCCAGCAGCCCCUCCACAGACAGGCCCCUGGGGGCCACCCACAGCUUAGCAACAGCAACAGCAGCCGUGGAACGGGGACGCAUGGCAGACCAGCAGGGUUUCAUGGAUCUCAGGCGGAGGGGGUUGUCUUCUGAUGGAGUGAUACGAUCCUUAGCCACUCCUCCCUCCAGAGGCCAGCCCAGCCUACGCCUGUCACCUUUGACCAUCUACAAGACAGAGCCUGAUUAUGUCUAUGCAUAUGAUGAGACUGGGCAUGACGUCAAAGGAAAAUGCAGAAUACCAAGAAAGACUCCAGACAACAGUGACAGAGAGGUACAGAAGGAAUCUGGGAGUUCCAGUUCCAAGGUUCCAGUGGUGUGUUUGGAAAGGCUGAAGAUCCUGGUGUCUCGGAUCCCACCACAGGGGCGGCGACAGAGUGACCCUCUGCCAGACACCGCAACAGAAAGGACCGGACCUGUUCCACAGAGGGGAUGGAAGGACAAGAUGACUGAGGGAAUAUCAAAAGAAGCCAAGGUCGCAACGGUCAGCCCGUCUCUGGAUAAACAAUACUCAGAGAGACACACUAUCAAUCAAUCUCUCCCACCUCCAGUAAUCAAUGAUUGGCCUGAGCAUAGAAGACACAGUCCUCACAAAGAGCUCACACUGCAAGUACCCACCACUGAUCUUGUAUCACCCCCACCUUUCUCUGCACCUGACCUUGACUCUGACUCAGAUCCCAGGUCAAUCUCAGAAACUGUUUCUGACCCUGAACUGGACUCGGACCCACAACCAGAAUCUGACCCACAAGCUGAGUCUGCAUCAGAGGCUGAUCUGGAAUCAGUUGCUGAUGAGGAAUCUCCUGAUGAGCCUGCUACAGAAUCUGAACCUAGUGUGGAAUCAGAACCUAGUGUGGAAUCAGAACCUAGUGUGGAAUCAGAACCUAGAGUGGAAUCAGAAGGUAGUGAAGAAUCAGAGAAUGGUUUAGAAUCAGAGAAUGGUGAAGACCUGGAUGCUGAUGCGGAAUCGGAGGCUGAUAUGGAAUCAGACCUCCAACCUGACCCUGGCUCAGACCCCCGUUUUCCAUCUGAAACACGUCCGGGAUUAGAUUCUGACCUGGAAUCAGACUGUGCACAACCCCCUGAAUCACAAGGGUCUGUAGAAUCUGGACCAGAUCUUGAAUCGGAGCCAGACUCAGCCCCUGACCCAGCCUCUCUAAGUCCUGAACCAGGAGUGGAGUCCCCUCCAGCCCAGAGGGCCCUGGAUGCAGACCCUGGUCCACAGAGGCAUUGUGAAGGAGCCGAGCAGGCCCUGACUGGGGCAGAGACCAUGGAGGUGGAGAGUGAAGACUUCUGUGCCGUGUGUCUGAUCGGAGGAGACCUUCUGUGCUGUGACCGCUGUCCCAAAGUCUUCCACCUGUCCUGCCAUGUGCCCGCUCUCCUCAGCUUCCCCACGGGUGACUGGGUGUGUACCUUCUGCAGAGAUAUCCAGCAGCCAGAGGUGGAAUAUGACUGUGAGAACCAGAGGCUGGCUGCAGAAUGUUCAGGAAAGCCACUACCUCAUGGUCUCUCUGCUUGUGACCAGAGAAAAUGUGAGAGGUUGACUCUGUUGAUCUGCAGCAACAUGCUAAGUGCUCCCUUCCAUGAGCCGGUCAGUCCACUGGCUCGCCACUACUACCAGAUAAUCAAAAGGCCCAUGGAUCUGUCUGUGAUCAGGGCCAAACUCAGCAAGAGGAGCACUCACCACUACUAUUCACUUGAGGAGUUUGUGGCUGAUGUCUCCCUCAUGUUCAGGAACUGUGCAAAAUUCAAUUAUCCGGACUCAGAGGUGGCCCAAGCAGGUCGCAGCCUGGAGACGUUUUUCAGCUCCAGACUCAGGGAGGUGUUCCCAGACAGGGCCUUCCCUGCAGCCGAGGAGGACUCCGACAGCGAUGAGUACGACGAGGUGUACAGAGCAGCUGAGGGAGGCUUCCCCUGGCCAGAGAAGAGAGAGCAGUGCCACAGGAAGAGGAAGAGGAGGCACUCUCUCAACUGGAGGAAGCAUAACUUCUAGUUGUAGGCAGUGAGGCAGAGCCUAUCACUGGCUAUUUUGAAGGACAGUAUGACAUGAUAUUGCACUGGAUGUUUCCAUCCAAGAGAGGAAGCUGAGUUUUUAUGAAGGGAUUGUAUGUACAUAUUUACAUUUUGAGAAUUGUACUUCUUCAUUAUAAAGGUUAUCUGCUCUUAAUUUGGCCUGAUAUUUGUGUCAAAUAUUAUUGUAUAAGUAUAACCUGACUUACAUCUUUAUACUUAAUAUGCCUUUAUAAACUGCGUUUCUGGUAUUUGUUUUUUGUUUCAGAUAUAUUUGUAGAUUCUACCUAUAUUUGUAGAUUCUCCAUCAUAUAUACAGCAAAACCUACAAGGUCAGUAUUGAUAAAUGGUAAACAUAUUUAUAAAUGUUAAACUCUACAAUAUCUUGUUUUAUAUAUUAAUAUUGAAUGUUUUUAGUGGCUAAAUGAUUGCAGGCAAUUAGUAAAUACAGACUAUUAAUGUUAAUAUUUCUGUCUUGCAUUUUAUAUAUAUAUAUAUAUAUAUAUAUAUAUAUAUAUAUAUAAUAUGUCUCUCUGUCCUAUAUGCACUUAAAGUACAGUAUAGAAUGUUAUGUAUGGCCUCCCUUUUUUUACGGUAAUGAUUUGAGUGACUGACAGAGGGCGCCCUAGCAGCAAUGACUGAGAACAAAGAAAAAAGUUAAGUUCAUAUUGAACCAAGGGGGUAUUCAAAGAAGAUUAAGAUAAAUAUAAAAAUGAACAUACCUUUAGUUGAAAUUGCCACAAUAAUAUUGCAAGGCACAUAUGCUUUAGAUUUGCAUUUAUUCAAUCCUAAUGAAAUCCUACUUCAUUAGGAUAAGGCCAGUAUUAAUAAUGAUUAUUUCUCCGGCUUAAUGGGAGUGGAAGGUAUUUGAUCCAGUGUGAAUAAGUAGAAAGAGCUGGAGAAGUUAAGAGAGACUUAAGAGUAAUGUUAUGUUAUAUCAACUUUCUGUAGUUUCUAUGUAGAAUGUACAUGUUAGUUUUUCAUUUAUGUAAAAUGGCUGCUGCAAUUUGGUAGAGCUGGCUGUAUUUUUUUAAAGGUUGCUGCAAAUUAAUAGCUGAAAUUAACUGUAGGAUCAAGCUAAGUUUGCUAUUUGAAUAAACAAACAGACUUAAAACGAUUGUAGGUAUUUUUUCUCUGUAGUAUUUCAUUUGGACUUUUCAAUAUGGAAUAUCCCUGCUUCCAUCUCUAAUAUUGAAUCCUAAAGCCUACAAAGACCCUCUCAGAGUUAGCUGGUAUCAAGAAAUGUCCAUUUAAUAAAGAACAGUUGAAGAGAAAAGUGCUGCAUUUGAAA